CAUCGAAAGCUUAUGCGCUUUUGAAAAGGAUAAUUGACAUUAUUGAUUAAAUUUGCAACGGAACGAUUAGAACAAAUACGGUUAUGGUGACAUCUCGAGGACGAUUAUUUGGCUCAGAUAGUAAGCGCAAUCCUACAGACGGAUCAUUAGUGUGGAAGAGCUUAUCGAUAAAUGAUACAAAAUGUGACAAUGGCGUACCUAAAAGAGAAAAAUUGACUGGGAAAAAAGACAGUGACUAAGUGACUCCCUGGAACAAAUACAAGCGACUACUGCUCAAAUCAAGGUUGAAUUAUCUUCUAGCCUGUACCUUGCAGGGACGAUAACAUUUAGAUGUAUUGUUAAAGGAUACUAAAUGAAUAAAGGAAGAAUACUCGACAAUGCGGCUAGCUGAAGAUUAUCGGCAUUUGCUCGAUUGACAUCGACAGUCAAACCUGCGAAGAUUUCAAGGUGGACGGACUUAGAAUAAAGUGUAUACUCAUCUCGCUAUCUACUAUAUAUAAAAACGGAUUAAGUCAAUGCGGACGACUGAUUUGUGAUGCGAUUCACAGUUAAAUGGAUCGUGAUUAUCUGAAUAUGAAUGGUGCGCUUAUAGACACUAUGGAUCUCCCAGCGUCCAAACGCACGAAUGUAUCAUCUCUACAGGGGAAUAUGACAGGAGGAAAUGAAACGCUCGUCCCAGUGUGGCCUUAUCCAUGGAUUUAUCCAGCCGAUAUAAGAUUACCACAAGUGGUGCUUAUAUCCGUGUUUGUGACAGCUCUAAUGGUCGGUAUAGUAUUUGGAAAUACUUUAGUCAUCAUCGCUAUUAUGACAGAUAGGAAUCUAAAAACAAUACAGAACUCUUUCAUUGCGUCAUUGGCCGUGGCGGAUUUGUUGGUGGGUUGUAUGAUUAUGCCGUUUUCUCUUGCGAAUGAAAUGAUGGGAUAUUGGUACUUCGGGGAGUAUUGGUGUGAAUUAUGGCUCGCCAUCGAUGUCCUCCUGUGUACGGCUUCAAUUUUAAACCUUUGUGUCAUUAGUUUGGAUCGCUACUGGUCCAUUACUAAAGCUAUCCAAUAUUUGAAACAAAGAACUGCAAAGCGGGCCGCCAUGAUGAUUGCCUUCGUCUGGGUGUUGUCAUUUAUAAUCUCAGUGCCACCUAUUAUCGGUUGGAAAAAACCACAGGGGAAAAUCGAAUACUGGGGCUUCCCAACGUGUGAGCUAACCGACGAUAUAGGAUACGUUGUUUAUUCAAACGUCGGCUCUUUCUACUUGCCUCUAAUUGUAAUGGUCGGUGUAUAUGUUCGGAUAUAUAUCGCUGCGAGGAAGAGGUCCCGUCGUGGAUUGAAAAAACGAGGACCAAAUCGUGGACCGCCCCCAGAACUUCAUAAAGAUAAGUCAACGUCUACUUCGAGUAGUACAGGAACCCCGCAAGUCUCUCGAAACAACAACAAAAAUGUAUUUAAACCUCCUGAAAAAAUCAUCGAAGGGGAUGCGAUGUCGUUUGGGAACGUUGAUACAAAAACCACGCAUGUUGACGACCAUACGCUACGAAAUAACGCAGAUGGAACUCGAAUUCCUCAAAAAUGUGAGAAAGACGAUGUAAAUAAAACGAAUCAAGCCAUGGCGGUAUCCGCUGCUUCAGCGACAUCUUUACCAACGUCUCCCUUGCUCUCAAAACUCGGUGAUGGUCAUGAAGAAGAUACAGACAGUACUGUUAUAGCAAACAGAAAUAGGCAAAACUCGAUAAAAGUAGUUCAUAUAGAUAAUAAAGAGGGCAGUGUCAGAAGAGCUGUUCUUGAUAUUCCUCACAUUGAGGUUGACGAUGCUAGUUGUGAAUUAUACAAGCACCAUGACGGACAUCACAAUAAAAAGCACGCAGGCUUGAUAGCUAACAUUGGGCAUUUUGUAAGAAAAUCAUCUAUCACCCAUCAACGUAAGAACUCACAAAAUGACGCUGAACGCCAGCGAAAACGAAUAGCCAGGGCAAAGGAACGCCGUGCCAUAUUAGUUCUAGGGAUUAUAAUGGGGUCAUUCAUUUUCUGCUGGUUCCCGUUCUUUACGACAUACCUAAUAUGUACUCUAAUGCAUAUUCCUCCGCCUGGUAUAUUUAAGGUCUUCUUCUGGGCAGGUUACUUUAACUCCGCCCUGAAUCCUAUUACAUACACUGUUUUCAAUAAAGAUUUCCGCAAUGCAUUUAAGAAAAUACUUCUUCCAAGAAGACGAUAUAUGUGAAGAUAAUACCAGGUAACGAUGUGAUAACAAUUGUUGGUUGUACGACUUUUACAUUACAGUAUGUUGUUAAAUGUAUACAUAUAGAUAAACUGAGAAAAUCGAGUUACUAUUUUCGUAAUGCAACAGUAGACAAACUUAUUUAUAAUUCGAAGACAUUAAAAUAGUAAAUGUCGGGUUCGGAUGAUAUUAUUAAGUUAUUUGGAAAGAAAAUGUGUAUUCGACAAACGUAGAGCUACAGAAGAAAAUAGGCGGAAUAUGUGUGUUUUCAAGCACAAAGAUGAAGUAUGAAAUGUACAAACCGAUUGUUCAGAUUGAAUGUAUGUGAAUUGUGUAUAUCAAGACAGCCAAUGAAAUUGACAACGCAAGUUAUAAAAUUAUGAAUUAUA